ACCUAAUGCAAAAAACUUUAUAUAGUAUGUAUGAUUCAUGGCACUAGUGAAUCCCAACAAUCAUGAUGCUGAUGGUACUUCUGUGGAAAAUAUAAUGCAACGUCAUGUACGCUCUCCUUCUCAGUCUUCAUCCGUUUCCAGUGAAGAACUUCUUAUCUGGUCCAGAGAAGGGAAUGAUCUUGACUCUGACCUAUUUUCUGUUUCACCACCUUAUGAUGAAAACUUGCCACCUGUGUCAAGUUCACAUUAUGAUGAUGAUGAUGAUUAUGAUGGGAAUGGUUUCAUUUCACAGAUAAACGGAAAUUUGGAUUGUGAUAAUGAUGAUGCUGGAAUUAGCACUGACCACCACCACCACCACCAAAACAACAACAACAACAAUAACAAUAAUCAUGAUUGUUCUGCUACUAGCAGCACCACCAUUCACUUCUCACCGUCUGCCUUAUCAUCACCUUCAACAUCAUCGAAGUCUUGUUGUUUAUAUUAUAUCAAUGGCUCGUCCAAAUCUCAACUAUUGAAUUCUAAGCGAAUUAAAUCGACGAGAUCACCAGUAGCGAAUAAUGGAGUGUUACCGUCGUCAUCAUCAUCGCCAUCAUCGCCGCCAUCAGCAUCAGCGUCUUUUUCAACGGCAAGAAUCCCGUCUUCUUCUUAUAAUCACUUUAAUAUAUCGACUAAUUUAUCUGAACAAAGAAGCGUCAACACUUUGGUAGAUGAUUUUAUUGAUUUGGACAUAAAAGCUACUACUACUGCUACUGCUACUGCUACUACUACUUCGAGUACUUCAAUACCUGUCGCAUAUACUGCUACUCCGGAAGUCUGUUCUAUAGAUCCACCUGAAGAUUCACCUGUACAAUGUUUAUCAUGUUAUGUGAAUGGGCACAGUUGUCCCUCUGUGAACAACAAUUCAUUUAUGGCAUACAAUGAUGUUGUUGUUACAGGACCGGCAAGAGAUGAUUCUCAGCUAAUCAUCGGAUCAACUGAAACAGUUGAUAUAUGCAAUCACGAUCCUGUAGCUUUGCAAUCCUGUCAUACUACAACACUAUUUGUCAACGAGAAUUCUACUUCUACUCAAAAUAUUGUCAAUCGAUCAAAUAACGCAGGUGUUCACAAUAAUACUAAUCAUAAUAAUAAUAAUAAUAAUAAAGUAUUGCACUGUCAAUGCUUCAAUCCACUACUAAAUCAUUUGGCAACAACAGAAACUGAUUCAGAUGAAGAUCUAAUCGGUUACUCCUUUCCAUCAUCAUCGUCGUCGGCGUCAUCGGCGUCGUCUGCAUCAUCGUGUAUACACAUGCCUACACAUGCACCACCACCACCACCACCACCACAACAACAACACCACCACAAUAACACAAGUCAUCAUAUCAGUCAUAGCGAAAAUAAUUCAGUGCAGAGAAUUAAUGACAAUGAAAGAGGAGGUGGUGGUGGUGGUGGUGGUCAGCAGCAGCAGUAUGAUUAUUAUUAUUAUUAUGAUAGAAGUCUUCGCCCAGAGAUUGGAUUAGUCCCGUCCACACUAGUCGAAAAUAUCCCACUUCCAUUCAUGCUCAUUCCUACAAGUGAAUUAGCCUCAGGUGAUUCACUGACCUGCACAGUUGUCAAUAUUUUGCGAGGUUUAGGCCUUUUAGAUCGUUGUGGUGUUGAAGAUUUAUGCGCAAGCCUGUAUGACUUUUGGCGGAAUGAUGACAAUACUAGUCAUAUCCCUGUGUAUCCAGUGAACGCCUUGUUUAAAUCACUGAUGUUUCCCAGUUGUUGGGAAUCUCGACUUGAUGAUACUGUCGUGGUGACACGUUCAUCAUCUUUCACUUCAUGUACCCUAGUCAAUGGUAAUAAUCAUAAUCAUAAUAAUCCUCAUCAUACAAGACGAUCAACAGUGCCUGGAGUACCUGGAGUACCUGGAGGAGGAGUAGGAGGAGCUGAGCAUUAUGCUGCUGCUGAACGUGGUGAUCAUUAUAAUAACUUGUUCAAUAGUGAAAAUAAACUAAUGAAUGGUAGCUGUCUAGUCAGCUAUCUGUUAUCCUGUAGUUAUAUGGGAACAAGUUUUCUCGUGCCACAUUCAAUCUACGAUUCUAGUGAUACAUCGCCACAGUGUUGUUCACGACCGUCAACAGCUUGUUGUCAUUUCGUGAUUGAUAGAAGUCAGCAAACAGCAUUAUCGACAUCAUCAUCAUCAAUAUCAUCAACAUCAUCAUCGUCAGCGUCGGCAUCAUGUAAUAAUAACCAUACAAGUCUAGUUCAACCAAUUUACAGUUCAACAAUGAAUUGGCACCGGGGAUGUGCUAAUAAUCUUGUCCUUAUGCUGACUCAUCAUACGACAGGCUCUAAGAAUUCAUCCUCGUCUGUUGUUGAUAAACUGUUAACUGGUCGAUUUCUCCCUGGAUAUUCAUCAUGGCAAUCUGUAUGGCCAUUCAAUAAUAAUAAUAAUAAUAAAAGUAAUCAGAAAUAUUUUGAUUACAAGUCAUCUACUACUCAAGAAAAUACUACUACUACUACUAGUAAUAAUAGUAAUAGUAGUAAUAUGUCAAGUACUCUUGCAUUAUGGUUUUCUGCAUGGUUACACUGUGGGGCAGUGCCUGUGUUAGCUCAGCUGUCCGAUUCCACUCAUCAUCCGAGUGAUCAGUGUAAUUUGUCGGAUUUCUCUCUACCCAAGGAUAAGUCUACAAAUCCCCCUCAUCAUCCGCCUCCUCCGCAAUCACCACCACCACCUCAAGAACUUGUCUGGCGUCAUCGGCUUGUCUACGGUGUUACGGAGAAAAAUGAAGUUUACCUAACAAAUCCAAAUGAAUUAGUCCCUGUACAAUAUGUAUUAGAUCAGUUAUCUAGGCAAACAGAAAUACGUAUUACUAAAGCGCAGAUUUCAAAUCUAUGGACUAAGCAUUAUUUACACUCGAAGUUUUACAAUGAUAGAAAUCAGACUACAAGUGUUAAUGAUAAAGAAAUUGUUUCGUGUAAAUCGACAUUUUUCACUGGUGAAAGUCUCACUUUACUCGCCAGACAUCCAGAUCCUAGAUGGGCUUCCAUGAAUAUAAUGGGACAAGUACUCUGCGCUCUUCGUAGCCUAGAACGAUGGGCUGAUAAUCUUGAACUAUCCGCUGCAUCAUCAUCAUCAUCCGACUGUGCCAGUAAUCAUCAAUCAUCAUCAUCAGUAUUUCUCGAGGCCAAUUCUUCUUCAUCGAUCAAUUUCAAUCGUAACAACAGUUCUACAGAAAUAGAACAAUUUUCAACUCCUCCAGCUAUUGUUAUCCCAUCAGCUCAAGUACCAGGGAUUAGUCUGUUUGUUGUGAAAUCCAACUGGGAACUAGUUCAUACACUGUUGCAGAGUAAAUACAUCCAAUAAUAAAUAUGAAGAAAGAAAACACGCCUUUUUUUUGUUAUUCAGUGGAAUUGUCAUGCAUUUCUUGUUGUUCUGUUGGUUUGUCCCCACCCUUCGUCCCCGGCUGACAAUUCAUCAGUCCUUGCUUUGUGAUGAUCAUCUUCAACACUUCAAUUUUUUUUUAAUAAUUGAGAUUGUGUACAUAAUACAUAUAUUCAUACAUUCCACCCCCACCCCCCAUACUAACAAACAAUUUGACCUAACUCUAUGAUGAUGAUGAUUUCAAGCUGUGUCGAUAUUUACCAAAAAAAUCGAUAUAUAAUAUUUUCUGGUCUCAGUAAUAUAUAUGCAUACACACUAACAUCUUUAUAAUAUUUUUCCAUUGUACCACAAGGACGUUAGGCAUCUGCAUCCUCCCCACCCCACUCUGGCCGCCGCCGCCGUCAUCACCACCAACCCCUCCUCCGUCCUCCCCGUAUUCUUUGUCUGUUUUAUUUCCUACAGCUUGCUUUUGUGUAACUGAGGUCUUAAUGUCGCUG